CGUAGACUGACGUACAUACGUAUCCGGAAAUUCGGUUGUAAACAAUAACGGCAAACUAAUCAUUACAGUCGUUUUCUGGACCGAAACAAGGUCAUAUUUUAUAUACUUCGUCAACUGGUGUCUCCUUAAGGUUUCACAUGAGUAGCAGUGUUUAAGAAAGUGCCAGCUCACUUCCAAAAGAUAGACAUUGGCGUUGUGAGCCUGAAGACACAAUUGCAGCCAACAUGUCAAGGAAACAGACAGCGAAACCUGUGCGAAGCAAUAAAAAAGGUGAAGUGGAACGCAAGAGGGAUGACCGGGCAGCACGCAGGGCCAUUGCCAAAGACCGCAAGAACCGCCCACAGGAGGGUGAUGAAGGCGCAGAGUUCGUUAGUUUCUCCAAUCAGCUCCAGGCACUGGGGCUCAAGCUGAGAGAGGUCCCUGGAGAUGGGAACUGCCUGUUCAGAGCUCUCGGUGACCAGUUGGAGGGUCACUCUCGUGGUCACCUGCGACUUCGCCAGGAGACGGUCCAGUAUAUGAUGUCUCAUCGACAAGACUUUGAACCCUUUGUUGAGGAUGAUGUUCCCUUUGCACAGCACUUGGCCAACCUUUCCCAGUCUGGGACAUUCGCUGGCAAUGACGCCAUUGUAGCUUUUGCUCGCAGUCAACAGGUGAAGGUGGUCAUCCAUCAGCUGAACACACCGCUGUGGGAGAUAAACGGUGCAGAGAAGCAGGUGUGCCGAGAGCUGCACAUUGCCUAUCGCUAUGGAGAUCAUUAUGACAGUGUGAGGCGAACUGGCGAUAACUCAGAGAGUCCUGCUCACCUCCGCAUAGAGAAUCUGCAAAGUUCACACGGCCAUCAGCGUGAGUUCGGGGACGGCCAGAGGGACAGACAGAAAAAACCUUCUCCAGCAGCUUCUGAAGAUGAAACCGUGAUCCUGAGCUCCAUCAAGAGUCGAGGAAUCCAGGGUGAUGAGGAAAACCUGCUCCAGCUUAGUGCUGCAACAAUAAAUGCUGAAUGGCUCGUUGGCUCUCUGCUCGGUGAACCCUGCCAGGGUCAGUGCGCCUCCGAAUCCUGCUCAGCCUGCAGAGCUGCAGCCUCAGACUCCAGUGAACACAACAAGCCAGCAGAGGGAAGCAAUGUUCAUAAAUCCAAGGUUUCCAACAAGCAGAGGAAAGAACAGCAGCGACAAGAGAAGAAAAAACGUCAGGAGGAGCGGCAUCGACAGAAGUUCCUCCAGAGCAAAGGCCAGGACCAGAACAAGAACCUGCCAGAGGCCGUGACGUUGGUGCCAGCGCUGAACACUCUCAGCAUAUAAACUGGGGUCUGGCCAAAGAGCCACACUGCUACUUCAGCUACCAGUAGCUACCCUCAAACGUUUUGCACAUUAAAUCAGUGAUUCUAUCACAAUGGAUAAUUUUUUCCUAAAGAAAGCCCUAUAGUUUAUUUCCAAACAGUAUAAAGGUGCCUGCGAACUUGUGUGAGUGAGAUGUAUGAAAGCUGCAGCUGCAGAGUGACGGAGCACGACUUUCAGCGUUGCUCUUGGGUUUUAAUCUGGGAUCGAUCUUUGGUUUGUAUAUGUAGAAUGUUCUCAGACCUGUUUUGUCUAUGCUUUUCAUCUAGUUUGCUAUACUAGACAUCUGUUUUUGGUUUUUGUUUCCUUUUUUUCAUGAUCAACCAUGCACAUGUCUUGUGAACUUAAGCCUUUUGGUUUGUCACAUGUUAAGUUGACGUGGCAGAUAUUCAGGUCACUCAGUUUGUGGUCAAAAACAGGAAAGCAGUUAUUGUGAAUCUCAUGUGCAGCAAGACAUAAUAAAUGAUUAGUUACUGUUA